UUGGUGGAUCAUGGGACCUUGAAAUGCGUCAACUGAAAAAUAGGUCACCGUGACCUACUUUCUGAAUUUUAUGGCUUAUCAUUUAUAGAUAUAUUUUAAGUUGUUAUUUCAAAUACCGAGAGGUUUAGAAUUAUCAAAUCUUGUAAGUUGAUGCAUCUUGAGGCCUUGAAACAUAUUUAUAAAAAAGUAGGUCACAGUGACCUACUUUUUGAAUUUUGCAGAUAUUCAAAUUUCACAUUUUCAAUUUUAGAUGCAUAUUUUGGGCACUGUAAAACCUAGGAUCAUCAAACUUUGUCAGUUGAUGCGUCUUCAGUCUUCGGUUUGUGUUGACCAAAAAGUAGGUCACCGUGACCUACUUUUGGUAUUUGACAGCUAAAUUACUAUAUUUCAGACACUAUUUGACCUACAAUCAUCAAACUUUGUCAGUUGAUGCAUCUUGAGUCUUCGGAGUGUAUCGACCAAAAAGUAGGUCACUGUGACCUACUUUUGGCAUUUGACAGUUAUAUUUAUAUAUUUCAGUCACUGAUUGACCUACAAUCAUCAAACUUUGACAGUUGAUGCAUCUUGAGUCUACGGAGUGUGUCGACCAAAAAGUAGGUCACCAUGACCUACUUUUGGAAUUUGACGGCUAUAUUUAUAUAUUUCAGAUACUAUAUGACCUACAGUCAUCAAACUUUGUCAGUUGAUGGGUCUUGCAUGUUCGAAGGGUUUCAACCAAAAAGUAGGUCACCUUGACCUACUUUUGGAAUUGGACGGCUAUAUUUAUAUAUUUCAGAUACUAUUUGACCUACAACCAUCAAACUUUGUCAGUUGUUGGGUCUUGCAUGUUUGAAGGGUUUCGACCAAAAAGUAAGUCAACUUGACCUACUUUUGGAAUUGGACGGCUAUAUUUAUAUAUUUUCAGAUACUAUUUGACCUACAGUCAUCAAACUUUGUCAGUUGAUGUGUCUUGCAUGUUCAAAGGGUGUCGACCAAAAAGUAGGUCACCUUGACCUACUUUUGGAAUUGGACGGCUAUAUUUAUAUAAUUCAGAUACUAUUUGACCUACAGUCAUCAAACUUUGUCAGUUGAUGGGUCUUGCAUGUUCGGAGUUCGCUGACCAAAAAGUAGGUCACCAUGACCUACGAUUGGAAUUUGACAGCUAUAUUUCAAUAUUCAGAUACUAAUUGGCUUAAAAUCAUCAAACUUUGUCAGUUGAUAUUUCUUGGGUUCUCAAAAUGUGUAAACCAAAAAGUAGGUCACAUUGACCUACUUUUUUUGAAUUCUUAGGAUUUAACUAAAGAUUUAGAAUACUAAGAGGCUAAGAAUAGAAAUGGUGGGGUUGUACAAUUUAUCAGAAGAGCGAUUCUAGGCCCUUGGGCCUCUUGUUCAAGUACACCUUCAAAUUGAUAUAAAGCAUACCAAAAGUCUAGAAUUCUACACUAUGUUAUUUUAUUCAUUGACAUUUAGUUGCACAUUCCUCCUGUAUAUACGUUUUAACAGUUACAAACUUUUGGCAAACUUAUUUUAACAUAUGGUCACCGAAAUAGGUGACGUAACCGUUUUAGUGACAUGUUUUUUAUUACGAAAAUAUAUUCAAUUAACGUACCAAUGGAGUUGGAAUUUUUGGAUGAAAGUAAAGGAAUUUAAUUACUUUAAAGGUAGGUGUAUUAUUUAUUUAUCUAAUCCAAGUGAUUAAUGAGAACAUCAUGGUUUAUCACUAAGGUCACCGAAACUGGUCAGUCGACGAUAAUAUGUCAUACAGCAUGACCGUGUUUAAGGGCUAAGCAGGAAGUAUUGGCAUUAGAAUCUAUAUCCAUAACAGGACAAAAAGUAUCCCAAAGUUAGCAAGUAAUAUGUGUGGACAUAGUUCUAUCAAAGCAUCCUAGCUUUAGACAUUUGAUCAGCCUAUUCAUUGAAUGCAGGAAACAUAACGCAACUGAUGUGAACAGUGCAUUGUGACAUCAUAUUCAGCAUCGGUGUUUUGCAAUACACAAACAUAGGAAUCAUGGUACAAUAGUGUUAAUCGAGGAGUGAUUAUAUAUGAUUAAGAAAAUAAGAUUUACAUGCUUUUACGGAUUUUAUGUAACAUCUCAGAACGAUAUGAACUUGGGUACACAAGAUUUAAUAUGGAGAAAUACAUGUCCACAUGCUCGUAUACGAAUCCACACCAUUUGGACAAAAAUUUACAGGAAGACAACUUUUAUAUUAUAGAUAUCUAAAACAUCAAGUGCCUGUGUUCAUAACCUCCUCACCCCAACAAAAAAAAAAAGGAAAACAAAAAUAAGCAAAAAACCAACAACAAAAAAAACACUCACAGAGAAAAAACACUAAAAAUUGAGUCCAUAGUACUAUAUAAAACGUCAAGUAAGAUUGAAAUUAGAAGUUGUUUGUUUGUCCUCGAAAUAUAUUUCCAUGGCUGAAAAAGGAUUUUAUUUUAUUAUUAUUAUUUUUUUUGCAUGUUUUUAUUUAUUUAUCUGUUUUGCUUUAACCUUUUCUUUUUCUUGUUGAUGUUAUCUGGAAUUUUGUAAAUACAUGAAUAUUUCUGUCUAAUAUUUGCAGCCCCUGUGAAGAAAGACGUAUUAAUGAAAGUAAACAGCACCACCUACAAGAAAGAAAAUAUUUGCCUGCCUCUAUCUGCCCAACCUUUUCAGAUAAAUUCAUAAGACAAAUUACGAUUUUUUUAAAGAAAUUAUUAUGAGGAUCUCUGGUGGAAGGCAUUUAUCCUGUCGCUUCUGUAGACAAAUUAGGUCACUACCCACACAGAGACAACCCUCAAGGUCAGUGGUAGGGGUCAGAACCUUCUCCGAUAAAAAGGAUGGAAAAGAUGGCAGUUCGUAUGAAGAGGAUUAUCUUUAUGAUGAAGAAGGCAAUGAAAAAAUUCGACCUGGAGGAGGCAAAGGAAGAGAUUUGGGUAAAUACAUAAAGGAAUCCAUAUCAAGAUUCACGACAUCAAAACAGGACAUACCAAGAUCAACAGAUAUGGUUAUCGUCGGGGGAGGACUGGUGGGAUCAGCAACAGCCUUCUUCACUGCUCACAAACAGAAGAGGGGGGAGAGUGAAAUUAUCGUCAUAGAGAAAGAUCCCCUGUAUACAAAAGCAUCAUCCUCACUCUCUGCUGGGGGAAUUAGACACCAGUUUAGUGUUCCAGAAAAUGUCCAAAUGUCCAUGUUUACCUCAGAUUUUCUAAGGAAUAUCAAUUUCUUCUUAGGAGACAUAGAUGAGCCACCUCCUGAUGUGCAGUUUAAUCACCAUGGUUACUUGUUCUUGGCACCACCAGAAAAAUCUGCAAAAUUGGCUGAGCUUGUCAAAAUGCAGAAGUAUUUGGGUGCACAAAUUGAGCUGUUUUCAUCAGAUAUGCUUCGACGGCGGUUUCCAUGGUUAAAUGUUGAUGGAAUAGAAGUCGGUUCUUUAGGUCUACAUGGAGAAGGAUGGUUUGACCCACAUUCACUCCUAGCUGCCCUGAAGAAAAAGAAUAUCAGCCUUGGUGUUCAGUACAUAAAUGGCGAGGUUAUCGGCUUUACCAAACGCAUUGAUGAGAAAGGAAUUUCAGACAAAUAUGUGCUUUCAUCUGUUAUUACAAAGGAUGCAGAUGGAGAGGCGUAUGAGACAAAUUGUGCCCAGGUGGUGAACUGUGCAGGCCCAUGGGCAGCAGAGAUAGCAGAGAUGGCAGGUGUGGGUACAGAGACUGGAGCUCUGUCAGUUCCCUUACCUGUACAACCAAGGAAGAGAUUUGUGUAUGUCUUUCAUUGUCCCUCUGGCCCUGGCAUCAGCACCCCUCUAACUGUGGACAUCACGGGAACUUACUUCAGGAGGGAAGGACUUGGAGGCAUGUACAUAUGUGGAGCCUCUCCAGAGUCAGAGGAAGAGGAACCAUCUGUAGACAAUAUGGAUGUUGACUAUGAAUUCUUCAACAAUAAAUUGUGGCCAAGGUUAGCACAUCGAAUCCCAGCAUUUGAAAAUAUCAAGAUAAAGAAUGCUUGGGCGGGUUUCUAUGACUACAAUGUAUGGGACCAGAAUCUAAUCAUUGGACGACAUCCUGUCAUACCGAACUUUCUGUUUGCCAAUGGAAUGAGUGGUCAUGGCCUUCAACAGUCAGUGUGUAUUGGAAAUGCCAUCAGUGAAAUCCUGCUGGACAGGAAAUAUAAAGCAGUGGACUUAACAAGAUUCUCAUUUGAAAGAAUAAUCAAAGGAGAAAAAGUCGCUGAAGAUUUCAUAGUGUGAUUUAAUUAAUUGUUAUAGAAUGUUUUCAUAGAUUUAUAUUUUUUCAGGACAUGCAACUGUGAUUUUUGGUACCCUGUGUACCACUUGAAAUUAGUCUUUUUUUUUUCUUUUUUUUUAUAUACAUGUACAUUUGGAAAACAAUUUGUUUAGUAUACACAAUAAGCAUUAUCGCAUUGACAUCAGAUAUUUCUGCACAUUUUAUGAUUGCAGCAUGUCAUUUGUGUUCGUGAAAAAGGCAGUUGCAGUGUCAAUAUUUUACAUGUUUGUUUGUUAGACUGGGUAUUUGUAUUAUGUCAGUUGUCAGAUACAGACUUAUUUGUUUUUUUAAUACAGUUUUAGAAAGAUA